AUGCGUGGAGCUAACUGUUGGACCGAUCAUCCACUAGUGGUAUCGAGACUCAAACUCCGAUUGCGUCCACCGCGGAGGGCUUGUAGAGCAAGACCUACUAGCUUCGAUGUGGAGAAGUUGCAAGCUCUUGAAGUGCAGAGUGUUUUUGCUGAGGCAAUAAGUAAAAGUAUCCCCCACCUCGAUAUAGAUACUGGUAGUCUUGAAGCUGAUUGGAACACUCUCUCUUCUCAUAUAGUUUAUGUAGGAACGCAAGUCUUGGGCCUGAAAAAGCGCUUUAACGAGGACUGGUUUGAUGAGAAUGAUGAGAAGUUAGCUGUUAUUUUGGAAAGACAUCGGAACUUCUUACGACAACAAAAUCACAGUCGAAGCCAAUGUAAUAGUUUAUUAGAAACAAUCAGAAAUAGUGGAUCUACUCUGAGGAAAACUACUAGAGAGAUGAAAGACAGCUGGUGGUCGCGAAAGGCAGAGUAUUUGCAAUGGCUCUCUGAUACCAAGCAGCUCGGUACUUUUUAUGCGGAAGUAAGGAAACUGGUCGCGCCUAAGCAUAGAAGUAGUGUACCGUUAAAGUCACGCAGUGGUGAGCAGCGUUUAACAGCGAAAGAAGACGUGUUAAAGCGAUGGGCUGAGCACUUCAAGGAACUUUUAAACGAGGUCCAGUAG